AUGGGUGCAAAAUGCUUCCGUGACUCUCAGUAUGACAGCCUUCUCCCCUGGGUCUUGGCUGGCCGUCCCUGUGGCUGUGGGGCCACUGUGGAGGAGGUGGGGACACUGCUAGAGAAUCCUGUCAGUGGGGCCAGUGCUGACAGUAGAGCCCCCUCCGCCCUCGCCAGCAUGUGGGGUGUAGCACCUGGCGUCUCUGCACUACAGGAGGCAUUUCUCAUAAGUGACCGUGACCCUCAGUGCAACCUCCACUGCUCCAGAACUCAACCCAAGCCCGUCUGUGCCUCAGACGGCAGGUCCUACGAGUCCAUGUGCGAGUACCAGCGGGCCAAGUGCCGGGACCCAACACUGGGUGUGGUGCACCGAGGCAGGUGCAAAGAUGCUGGUCAGAGCAAGUGCCGCCUGGAGCGAACUCAAGCCCUGGAGCAAGCCAAGAAGCCCCAGGAGGCCGUGUUUGUCCCAGAGUGUGAUGAGGAUGGCUCCUUCACCCAGGUACAGUGCCACACAUACACGGGCUACUGCUGGUGUGUCACCCCGGACGGGAAGCCCAUCAGUGGCUCUUCUGUGCAGAACAAAACUCCUGUAUGUUCAGGUUCUGUCACCGACAAGCCCUUGAGCCAGGGUAACUCAGGAAGGAAAGAUGAUGGGGCUAGGCCAACGCCCACAGUGGAGACCCAGCCGGUGUUCGACGGAGAUGAAAUUACAGCCCCAACUCUAUGGAUUAAGCACUUGGUGAUCAAGGACUCCAAACUGAACAACACCAACAUCAGAAAUUCAGAGAAAGUCCACUCGUGUGACCAGGAGAGACAGAGUGCCCUGGAGGAGGCCCGGCAGAACCCGCGGGAGGGCAUCGUUAUCCCUGAGUGUGCCCCUGGAGGGCUGUACAAGCCCGUGCAAUGCCACCAGUCCACUGGCUAUUGCUGGUGUGUGCUGGUGGACACAGGGCGCCCGCUGCCUGGGACCUCCACACGCUAUGUGAUGCCCAGCUGUGAGAGCGACGCCAGGGCCAAGAGUGUGGAGGUGGACGACCCCUUCAAGGACAGGGAGCUGCCAGGCUGUCCAGAGGGGAAGAAAAUGGAGUUCAUCACCAGCCUGCUGGAUGCACUCACCACUGACAUGGUUCAGGCCAUUAACUCGGCAGCGCCCCCUGGAGGUGGGAGGUUCUCCGAGCCAGACCCCAGCCACACGCUGGAGGAGCGCGUGGUGCACUGGUACUUCAGCCAGCUGGACAGCAACAGCAGCGGUGACAUCAGCAAGCGAGAGAUGAAGCCACUGAAGCGCUACGUGAAGAAGAAGGCCAAGCCCAAGAAGUGCGCGCGGCGCUUCACGGACUACUGCGACCUCAACAAGGACAAGGCCAUCUCGUUGCCUGAGCUCAAGGGCUGCCUGGGUGUCAGCAAGGAAGCAGGACGCCUUGUCUAAGCAGCAGGAGACCCCAGGGCAGGAGGAGAGUCUGGGGAGACAGGAUGGACCCCAGACCCCCACCCUCCAGCAUUCCCCUGGCCCGGCCACAUCCCGUGUAACAUAAGCCGUGCCCGCCAUGUCUGCACUUUUAAUAACUCUUACUCACGUGUUGUGUUCUUGGUUUCAUUUUUAAGCACCAAUAUCUAAUACCGCAGUGGGACAAGGAAAGGGAAGAAAGACUGUUUAUUCUUUCUGGUUGUAAGUGUUUGGAUCUGCUACUGACAACUUUAAGGGUUUUUUUGGAGGGCAGGGGGUUUUGGUGACUGAGAAGAAAGAGAUUUAUAUACUGUACAUAAAUAUAUUUGUAAAUUGUAUAGUUCUUUUGUACAGG